AGCAGCGGCGACAGGAUCAAAACGAGUCUUGAGCCGCAGUAAGGGGCGGGGCGACAGAAGUAGCUGUGUGCGCAUGCUUUGAUCGGCUUUACUGACGCUUUACUGCUCCUCCCGGGAAGUUUCUCCUGUCUGCCCGAAGCCGGUGAUCUCUCAGUGUGUACAUUCAUACGGUAGGGCUGUGCGCUGCCCUCAUAACUCGACACUUCCGGGUAUCUGUUCCAUAGGAGGUUCUGAGUGAAGGGAGAAGAACCUGAUGAGCGAAGAGGGUGGACGGCUCGAGCACUCCCCCAUCAGUCCGUGAUGACAUCACAGAAAAGGAAGUCAUCCUUGCCAGAGAACACUACAAAGCGUCAGAAGAUUAAAGAAUGUGAAAGCCAUUCUGUUACUCCUAAAAAGAGACUUGGUAUUUCUAGCAAAGCUAAAACAAAUCUGUCUUCAGCACAGAAGAAAAAAAACUCAAAAACACCAACAAAUAAAGCCAUUAAGAACUCCAAACCAUCCAAGGCAGAAGCUGGUCAAAAGAGAAGUACAGUUUUAAAAGCUACCAAAAAAAGUGCUGUAAAAAUUGUGCCUGCAAAGCGUAAAAACCUACGUAAAGCCAAAGAGGUGACUCCUUUAAAAAAGGUUACACAAAAGUCUUCCAGCAGUGCUUCAAAAGCACAGAAAAAGAAUCCGUCAAAUGUCAGAAAAACUGUGGCUAAAGAAUCCACUGCGCAAAAUAAAAGUAACAAAAUAACAAGAAGCACUAGCAAAAAUCCUGCUUUGAGAGUAACAAAAACUGUUAAAUGUGUGAAAAAGAGUGUUGGCACAAAAACCAGACCUAAAUCUGAUUUAAAGCCUGCAGGUAUAAAGAAAACAGUCAAGAAUGUAAACCAUAGCACUCCAAGCAAACCUGCAAAGAAGUGUGAUAUGCUGCCAAAAUGCAAUAAACAAGUUAAAAAGGUCAUCAAUAUAAAGAAAACCCCAGUUAGGAAAACAACGGUUAAAAAAUCAGACGUGGAACCCAAGACAAAAGCACAUAAGCCAGCACAAGCUGUUAAAAAGGCAACUGGAACACGCAAAAAGGGGUUAAAGCCAUCAGUGCCAAUUUCACAGCAAACAAUAAUUCCGGUGGUGUCCAAAAAAAGGCUUAAAGACAAUGCUAAGCAAGGAUCUGCAAAAACUGCUCCAAAGAAUUCUAAAGGACCUAGAGAAAAGAUAAAAAUUUCAGAAGCUAAAAGUAAAACAAAACAGCCUAAGAGAACUUGCCCUGUCAACCACACCAAGAACUCUGUAAAAUCUGUGUCUGUCCCAAACAGUACUGUAAAGAAAAAGAUUAAAGUUGGUAACCCAUCCAUUUCUUGCAGUAGUAGUUCUAAACAAAUGUUGGAUUCAUCCUUAAAUAAAAGAAUAUCCAGUGAAGGCAAAGCCAUCCUUUUGCCAUCCGCAGCACCAUUAAAGCGUAAGAGGAUCACAAAACCUGUUGACGGCACAACCAAAAGUAAAGCAAAAAAGCAAAAGGUUGUCCAGUCUGAAACCAAUAAGAAAAAGGAUACAUCCUCUGAAGAUGACCAGAAAUCUAAGAGAGUUAGUAUCUUGGAUUUGUGCAAUGAAAUUGCUGGAGAAAUAGAGUCUGACACAGUAGAAGUCGUUAAAGGCCCAAGUUCUCCAACUAGUCUCACUGACGAGAAGACUAAAGAUGAGAGCGCACAAAUCCUGGCAGAUGUCUCUCCACCCGUUGCUGAAAAAAGUCCAGUUUGCCAACUGAACCGUUUUUUCCCCAGUAGAAAGCCACAGAAUAUCAGAUGUAAACUGGAGAAGAAAACAAGUCCAGGAACAAGGAAUUCCAAGUGGAUAAAAAUCAAAUUAAAAAAUAGCUUUGCUCAAAAUAAUCUACUCCGAAAACGAGCCGUGCUUCCCAGCCUUGAGUUGAUGAAAGGACGACAGUCGGCACCUUGUUCCCCUGUUUCUGUAAACGCCAGAAAAUCUGAUACGUCAGCAAUGGAGAAUAAGCAUACUAAACCUGCUGUGUCUCAAAAGGUAAAAGACAAUAAUACCCAGAUAGCUGGAAGUGGGGAUAUGUUGGAGAAGACAUCUGCAGAGAAUGGCUUCUUGGAAAACCAUAUAAAGCAGGAGCUUGAGGCAGCACUUGAUGAGGGUUUCAGAUUACAUUUGGAUUCAAGUCCUGAAAAUUCUCCAAUGAAGAGAACUUCUUUGCCAGACCUCAAGCCACCAGUCACUCAAAGCAGUGAUUGCAAGCAGCUGACAGACCAGAUGGCUGCAUCUGCUGGGAAAGGGGUUGCAGUAAAACCAGAUGUACCACAAGCAAAAUCAACUAAGCCAGCCCCUGAUGUAAGCAUUCAGAAAGAAAUCCGAAAACUUAAAGAGGCCACCAAUGAUAGCAACAAGCAACCUAUUAUAGAUGCUGGACAGAAACGGUUUGGUGCCAUAUCUUGCUGUGUGUGUGGCAUGCUGUAUACUGCCUCAAAUCCUGAAGAUGAGACACAGCACCUUCUAUUUCAUAACCAGUUCAUCAGUGCUGUAAAGUAUGUGGGCUGGAAGAAGGAAAGGAUUGUGGCUGAAUAUCCAGAUGGGAAAAUCAUAAUGGUGUUGCCAGAUGACCCUAAAUAUGCACUUAAAAAGGUUGAGGAGAUCAGAGAAAUGGUGGAUAAUGAUUUGGGGUUCCAACAAGUUCCACUUCGGCUGCAUUCCAGGACAAAAACCCUUAUGUUUAUUAGCUCCGACAAGAAAGUUGUUGGGUGUUUAAUUGCAGAACAUAUACAAUGGGGUUACAGAGUAAUUGAGGAUUUUAAUCCAGGUAAUCCAUCCUCUGACACAGAGAAGUUAUUUUCUGAGAGAGGGAAAGCUUGGUGCUGUGCUACUACUCCCGAGCCGGCUAUCUGUGGAGUAAGCCGCAUCUGGGUAUUCUCAAUGAUGAGGAGGCAGAAGAUUGCUUCCAGGAUGCUGGAGUGUCUAAGAAACCAUUUUAUAUAUGGCUCUCAUCUGAAUAAGGAUGAAAUUGCAUUCUCAGACCCAACUCCAGAUGGCAAGUGGUUUGCAACGAACUAUUGUGGCACCAGUCAGUUUCUAGUAUAUAAUUUUAUCAGCGGAUCUUCUCCAUCAAGUUGAAGAUUGGACUUCAUAACUUCUUAGUUUACAGACAAAGCCUGUAUGUUUUCAGAUGCCCCUACCAAUGAACUCAGGAUGUGAACACCCCAAGGGUUGUUCACAUGUUAUUUUUAACUGGAAUAAAAGGAUUCACUAAAGCUUGA